CCGACGACUCGGCUCUCCGUCGUGCCGUUCGAAACGUUGAAGCACGCCGUCGUGCGAUGGGCACCCCUCGUGCAGUUUGCGUGUGAACGUGAUGUACAUCGUGACUCGGGACGCGUGAAUCCAUCUCGCGUUUCACGUAGGUCAAUAAUCCGUGGUCACGGGUACACGUCGGGGAACACCCGCCGCGUAACGGGAGCCAGCCGUCGUGUGUCACGCGCGAUGGUUAUGGUGACGGCAGUGCUGACAGUGGCGGAAAACAUGGAACGCCGCCGGUCCCGAUGUUCCCCGAGAGUGGCAACGAUAGACGGUGACCGCCCAGCGCGCGCUGGCUGAUCCCCUUUUCUUCCCGAGGAGACCGCUGGGAGAACCGAAAAAGUGACCAGUGAUCGUGGAACACCCUCCCGGAUUCCGUGCAUCCCCUAUCGUUCCUGUCAUCAACGACGAUAUUGUGUGUGCGUGCGUGCGUGCGUGACGUGCGUGACGCGUGUGUGUGCGCGUGGCACAGUCACACUACCGUGUUCGGUUUCCUCCGUCCGGGCCGUCUCACGUUUUAGUUGUCCCCUCGAAGAAGGCAUCCAGCAUCCUCUCGUCAAACGGAUCGAUCCGCGGACGCGACGUUUCGAACGUUUUACACGUCCGUCAACCGUCCGCGGUUGUACAGUGUCCCCGUGGUAAAAUCUGCGUGAAACGGCCUCGAUAUGCUCUCUCAUCAACGACGAUCGUUAUAACGACGUCGCCCUCGUCGACGCGGGCGCUUCGACCGCCCGUACCCUUGCACCGACUGCGAAAACAACGAGAAACCCCCGUUGAAACCAGGUGAGAAGCGAUGCCCCCUUCCGACGAUCUAAAAUGCCCCAGUGUUUCAUCGCGGGAUCCUCUGCCGAGCGUGAUCACGUGACACGUUCGAGGGAGCAAAAGCUAACCCGCUAAAGGUAUUCCACGGUCGAGGCGUCGCGUUCAUCGAGUGUCGAUUAAGCCCCGUGUCGUCCGAGCAGUGUGACCGAGAAACGAUGACCGAUUGAAUGCCACGUGGCCUGACGAGCGAGUCAUCCGUGGACGCAUCCAGGCCGAGGAUAGGGGAUCAACGAGAGUACCGCGGUGAGCGCACGGUGCAUCGCCGGAAGGAAAAUGCCCGCGGAAGGACGCAGCCUACGGUGGAUCAGUGGUAACGAGGUCGUCGAGCGGCAUCGUUCUCUAACGAAGGUACAGAUAACGGGCUGAUGCCGUCCCGCACCUGCGAUGAUUCGCGAGGACGAAGAAGGGGAGGGAUCCAGGUGGAAAUAUGUAAGAGGCGAGGUGGACAUUGUCUCGUCGGCACGGAUCGAGUGCCGCGAGGAAGAAGAGGUUGGCCUUAUACAAGGUUUAUAGUUUGCGUAGGAUAGACGAUGAGCGUCGAGGUCGACACGCUGGAACUCGAGGUCUUCGAGGUGAAGGACUGCGACGAGGCGGACAAAGUCUCGGCAGCGUGCACGACCACGAAAUCGGACGCCGAAGAUAGCCGGAAGGGAUCGGCGGCGACCGUGGGCUCGGUCUGCAACGACGAUGAGGCGAGCAGCGGCGUGGCGCGGAAGAAGAAGAAGAAACGCCGGAAAACGCGGAACAAACAGCAGCUACAGCUGCACCACCUGCCGCAGGAGCCGCCGGCCGACAACCAGCACACGGUGGUGAAUCUGGCAUCGUCCUCGGACGAGGUCGAGGCGGUUGGCGAAUGCUCCAAGAGAGACUCGUCCAGCAGCCUGGGCGGCGCCAGCCGGCACAACACGUUCCGGGAAUCGUUGCUCACGGUGCUGGGUAAACUGGUGAUUUGGAAGGGCACCAGGUACCGCUCGGCAAACGCCGCGUCCUCUUCGUCAUCGGCGCCGCCGAACUCGCCACCACCUACCGAGUGCAUCGGCCGCAGCACUUCCUUCUUUUCCAGCGAAACGGAGAGGCGAAUUCGCGCCAAUAAUCGCGAGUUCAACUCACAGUUUAAUUAUGCGAACAACUACAUCAAGACGUCCAAGUAUUCGGUUCUGUCGUUCCUACCAUUAAAUUUAUUCGAGCAAUUUCAACGGCUCGCCAACUUUUACUUCCUAUGCCUGCUGGUGCUUCAGAUGAUCCCCGCGAUCUCCUCUCUGACCCCCAUCACUACAGCCAUACCCCUUAUAGGGGUGCUCAUGCUCACUGCCAUCAAAGAUGCUUACGACGAUUUUCAACGGCAUAGCAGUGACUCACAAGUGAACAAUCGGAAAUCACAGACUCUUCGGGGUACCAGUCUCCGAGAAGAGAAGUGGUCGCAAGUCCAAGUAGGAGAUGUAAUCAGAAUGGAGAACGAUCAGUUCGUUGCUGCCGACGUCCUUCUUUUAUGUACUAGUGAGCCAAACGGUCUCUGUUACAUUGAAACUGCGGAACUAGAUGGGGAAACGAAUUUGAAGUGUCGGCAGUGUUUAGCCGAGACUGCCGAAAUGAUGGACAACCACGAAAUGAUUGGUCAAUUUGACGGGGAGAUUGUUUGCGAAACACCUAACAAUUUGCUAAAUAAAUUUGAUGGUACUCUUACGUGGAGAGGACGAAAAUACGCAUUGGACAACGACAAAAUUAUAUUACGGGGUUGCGUGCUUAGGAACACGCAAUGGUGCUAUGGGGUGGUCAUCUUUGCAGGCAAGGAUACCAAAUUGAUGCAAAACUCAGGGAAGACCAAAUUUAAGAGAACCUCUAUAGAUAGGCUGCUGAAUCUCCUGAUCAUCGGGAUAGUGUUCUUUUUACUUUCCAUGUGUUUGUUCUGUAUGAUCGGAUGUGGUAUUUGGGAGAGCCUCGUGGGCCGUUAUUUCCAAGUGUAUCUACCCUGGGACUCGUUGGUGCCUACCGAGCCCAUGGGCGGUGCCACAGUGAUCGCUUUGCUUGUGUUCUUUUCUUAUGCUAUUGUAUUGAACACGGUGGUGCCAAUCAGUUUGUAUGUGAGUGUUGAAGUUAUCCGAUUUGUUCAGUCGUUUUUGAUUAACUGGGACGAGGAGAUGUACUACGCACCUACGAACACACACGCGAAGGCAAGGACUACUACCUUAAACGAAGAGUUGGGACAAAUAGAAUAUAUAUUUUCCGAUAAGACCGGGACUCUCACGCAGAAUAUUAUGACUUUUAAUAAGUGCUCUGUGGCAGGGAAAUGUUAUGGGGACGUUAUUGACGAAGUUACCGGAGAAGUCGUCGAUUUAAGCGAGACGGACAAAGCUGCCCAAACGCCAACGAUGAGAUGGAAAAACGGCCAAGAAUUUGUCCAAGUUUAUACUCCAAUAACUGGUCCAAACGUACGUCUACUGGAACAUGUGGACAGGAUAUCCAAUAUAAUUCCAGAACCAGGCAUCUAUGGCAGUUCGAUGAUUCCACAUAAACUUUCAACGUUACCAGCGUUGGACUUCUCGUUUAACAAAGACUACGAACCAGAGUUCAAGUUCUAUGAUGCUGCACUACUGGAAGCUGUAAAGCGGAAUAACGAACACGUUCAUAGUUUCUUUCGAUUAUUGGCACUUUGUCAUACUGUUAUGCCCGAGGAAAAAAAUGGGAAGCUAGAGUAUCAAGCACAAUCACCGGACGAGGCUGCCCUUGUAUCCGCUGCAAGAAACUUCGGUUUCGUAUUCAAAGAAAGAUCUCCGAAUAGCAUAACGAUUGAAGUCAUGGGCAACCGCGAAGUGUACGAACUACUUUGCAUUCUGGAUUUUAAUAACGUUAGGAAAAGAAUGUCCGUGAUCUUAAGGAGGGACGGCCACCUUAGAUUAUAUUGUAAAGGCGCGGAUAAUGUUAUUUAUGAACGGUUAAAGAAAGGCAGCGAAGACAUCAUGGCGAAAACAUUAGAACAUCUUAAUAAAUUCGCGGGUGAAGGCUUAAGAACAUUGUGCCUUUCGGUCAGAGAUCUGGAUGAACAGUUUUUCAAUGAUUGGAAACAACGUCAUCAGGAAGCUGCCUUGAGCCAGGAAAAUAGGGAUGACAAAUUGGAUGCGAUCUACGAAGAAAUAGAGAAAGAUAUGACGUUAUUAGGCGCGACUGCUAUUGAAGAUAAGCUACAGGAUGGUGUACCUCAAACUAUUGCUAAUUUAGGUCUUGCUGGUAUCAAGAUCUGGGUAUUAACUGGUGACAAACAAGAAACUGCUAUCAAUAUUGGCUAUUCCUGCCAGUUGUUGACAGAUGACCUUACAGAUGUCUUUAUAGUGGACGCUACUACUUACGAUGGUGUUGAAAAUCAAUUAACGCGAUACUUGGAAACAAUCAAAACAACGUCCAGUCAUCAAAAUCGGCCAACUCUCUCCGUUGUCACAUUCAGGUGGGACAAGGAAAGCAGUGAUACUGAAUACAAUCCUAGUAGAGACGAGCAAGAUGAACACGAAAUGGAACAGGCAACCGGAUUCGCUGUAGUUAUCAAUGGGCAUUCUUUAGUUCACGCGUUGCAUCCACAGUUAGAACAACUCUUUCUCGAUGUAUCAAGCCAGUGUAAAGCUGUGAUAUGUUGUCGUGUAACACCCUUACAAAAAGCAAUGGUCGUCGAAUUAAUCAAGAAAAACAAAAAUGCAGUAACUUUAGCAAUUGGCGAUGGUGCUAAUGAUGUCUCAAUGAUUAAGACAGCACAUAUUGGUGUUGGCAUCAGUGGCCAAGAAGGAUUGCAAGCUGUUUUAGCAUCCGACUAUUCGAUAGGACAAUUCAGAUUUUUGGAAAGACUGCUUCUCGUUCAUGGUAGAUGGUCAUAUUAUAGAAUGAGCAAAUUUCUUAGGUAUUUUUUUUACAAGAACUUUGCGUUUACACUAUGCCACAUCUGGUUUGCCUUUUUCUGCGGAUUCAGCGCACAGACUGUAUUUGAUCCUAUGUACAUUUCUGUGUAUAAUCUCUUUUAUACGUCAUUACCUGUAAUGGCCGUCGGUAUAUUUGAUCAAGAUGUUAAUGAUAAAAAUAGUUUAUUAUAUCCAAAACUGUACGCACCCGGACUGCAAAAUAUGCUUUUCAAUAAGAAGGAAUUUUGCUGGAGUGCCAUACACGGUUUUUUUGCUAGUUGUGUGUUAUUUUUAGUUCCAUAUGGAACAUAUAAGGAUGGAGUAUCACCAAAGGGCUAUGUACUUUCUGAUCAUAUGUUACUGGGAAGUGUCGUAGCCACUAUAUUAGUUAUAGUCGUGACCGUUCAAAUAGCCCUUGAUACGUCGUAUUGGACGAUCGUCAAUCAUAUUAUGGUUUGGGGCUCGCUCAUUUGGUAUUUUAUUUUAGAUUAUUUCUAUAACUUCGUCAUUGGUGGUAGUUACGUUGGCAGUCUUACUAUGGCAGUGUCGGAACCAACGUUUUGGUUUACAGCAGUCAUUUCGUGUAUCAUAUUGGUAAUACCUGUACUAUCGUGGAGAUUCUUCUUCAUAGAUGUUAGGCCAAGUUUGUCUGAUAGAGUUAGACUUAAGCAGAGGCUGGCACAACUACGUUCCCGGCAAAGUCAAGACAUACUUCGUACACCAUCUACGAGGCGAACGCGACGGUCCCUUCGUUCGGGAUAUGCUUUCGCGCAUCAAGAAGGUUUUGGUAGGCUUAUUACGUCCGGAAAAAUUAUGCGAAAAUUACCAAAUGGUGCAGAUUUUAAGUUCGCCAUGCCGUUCACGAACAGUACCAGCAAACAAGUUAGUGUCGCCACCACGUCACCAAAAGACAAUGCAUCCAAAAAUUCGCACACACUGGAUACCAUUAAUCUGUAGUUUGGACUUUAAGUUGUAAGUCUUUCCAUUGUCUACUAAUUUUCGGAUUUUUCUUAUAACUGAUUUACUCUAUGGCUGAAUUCGUAUUAAACACUAUUCAAGUAAAUUUUAAACGAGUGAUUUGCUAAACCAUAGCAAUAAUAUGACAAAGUUAUUAAAAUUUUGUUGCAAACUAAGUUUUCGGUUUUCCGCAGGACGGUUUUCGUCCAUCUGAUUUUCAACCAAAUCUCAUUUUAUGUGCAAUCCGUUCUCGCUAUAUACACGAUACACGAAAUAAAUUUCGUGUAUUUACUUGGAUUAUAAUAAAUGCGAAACCAUUCAUUGGCUUACUAAACUUGAUCAUUUUCUUAUUAUUGCUUACAAAAAUUUAAGUAAUCGAAAUUCAUCAGACAAUAAAGUAUUAAUGGUUUGCAUAAGAAAUUCUAUACACCUAGUAACUACUGAAAAGUACCAUUUCUUUUUUUCGCCAAAAAUUACUAUUACUUGAAAUAUAACUUAAUAAUAUGUAUUUUUACAAGAUCAGUUAUUCUAGAAUUUUCGUAAGGCUUUGUAUUUUGUUAAAUUUCUCAACAGCAGAAACCCAGAUACAUUUUGUUUAAAGUAGAAAUAAACGAUUAAGGAUACUUCAUUUAUUCGAUUACAUAUAAAAAAUAUUCUGAGGUGAAAUAUUUUGGUUUACAUUUUUGUUGUAAAACAAAGGUUUAGAAUGAAAAAGGUCAUCAAACUUAAAAUAUUCAUUAAACUGUUAAUAGUGAUCCCUUGCAAACUCUGAAGCAAAGCAUAUAAAGAAAAAUGUACAGGCUUAUUUGUGAUUAUACAUUUUUACUUCAAAUUCGAAGAAAAAAAGGACAAACUAUGGAAGCAGUAAAGGCUACGUGUAUAAAAACUCGGCUAAUGUCUAUUGGUUGCCUGCAAUUAAUCAUUUUAGCUACUUAUAGUAGUUAAUUAAUUGCUACUGUUUUAAUUAAAUAAAGUCUGCAGUGACAGUAAACCGAUCUCAAGUAUUGUAAGAUACAUCUGUUUAUGUAGAUUAAUCAGAAAAUCAAAAUUGAAAUAAUAAAAAUGUUAUGAAUGUUUUUUUUGAGUUUUUAAAGAUUUAAUUAAUGUCACAAUUUAUAUGUUAAAUCAAAUCAAUUGGAUGGAUAAUUUAGCUUUCUCUAGAAUUUAUAGUUCAAUGAGGUCCAAUUUCUUUUAUGAACCAAUUUUUUCUUUAUGUGAGUGAUUUAUAA